CGAGAGCCUUCCAGAGCGACACCAUGUCUCUGUACCGCAACUCCGCCUGGUUCCUGAAGGGAAUGACCGAGUUCACCAGGAAUGCCUUCUUGUCGGCCUCCAAGAGGUUUGUGGAGAAGGACCUGGAGGUGUCCGUGGCCGGACGCUCCUUCAUGAUAACAGGGGCCAACAGUGGCAUCGGGAAAGCCACCGCCAUGGCCAUCGCCAAGAGAGGUGGAACGAUCCACAUGGUGUGCAGGAACAAGGACAGGGCCGAGGAGGCCAGGGCUGACAUCGUGAAGGAGUCGGGAAAUAAGGAGGUGUAUGUCCACGUCCUGGACCUGUCUGAGACCAAGAAGGUCUGGGAGUUUGCUGAGGCCUUCAAGAGAAAGUACAAGGCCCUGAACGUGCUGAUCAAUAACGCAGGCGCCAUCAUGAGCCAGAGGGAUGUGAACGCCGAGGGGCUGGAGAAGAGCUUCGCCACCAACGUCCUCGGGGUUUACAUCCUCACCAAGAGUCUCAUCCCUCUGCUGGAGAAGAGCGCAGAUCCCAGAGUGAUCACAGUGUCAUCGGGGGGAAUGUUGGUGCAGAAGCUCAGGACAGGAAACCUGCAGUCUGACAGAGGCCGCUACGACGGCACCAUGGUCUACGCCCAGCACAAAAGGCAGCAGGUGGUGAUGACAGACCAGCUGGCAAAGACUCACACAAACAUCCACUUCUCCGUCAUGCAUCCUGGCUGGGUGGACACUCCAGCGGUGGCCAACGCCAUGCCAGACUUCCAUAGCUCCAUGAAGGACAGCCUGCGAACCCCGGAGCAGGGGGCCGACACCGUGGUGUGGCUGGCCGUGUCCGAGGCCACAACCACAAACCCCAGUGGAAGCUUCUAUCAGGACCGAAAGAUGGUGUCCACCCACCUGCCACUGGCCUGGACCCACAGCUCCCCCCUGGAGGAGCAGAAGUUAAUGUCUCUGCUGGAGGACUUGGCCAAGACGUUCCAGCCCCACUGAGGCAGCAGGAAAUUGGGAACCAGUACACCACCGACACUAACACCAUCAGCUCACACUGACCGAGGCUGGGCUCCAGGAUGGAUCUGGUUAGUUUUGCUCACUGGUUUAAAAUGGGACAAAUGGAAACCCAGACUAAACUCGCCUAUAACUUUUUUUUUUUAAUGCUUUUUAACUAUUUAUACGAUAAAUACAUUUUCUUAUUCAUGAGCUCAACCACCGUGAAACUUUAUUAUGAGUGAUGGAUAGUGAUGCUGUUUUCUGAGGAGGUUCUCUUGCUGAUAGAGAGACACAAACAGCCGCCCAGUCUGUUUCUGUGACUUUACAGAAGUUGUCAAUCAGAUGGGAAUCUGAUGUGACCAAAAGUCACUCACACACACACCCCCCCUCCCCUUAUUAAUUCAUGAUACCAGUCAUGGGCUCAGUCUGAUGCUACUGUCUGCGUGAUUUACAAAAGUGUCAUGUUGUUGACGUGUAUUAAUAAACAGCUAUGUAUUAACUCAUUUAUGUGAUGUACUGUACUGUGCAGGUUGAGCUCAGGCUGGAGAUGAAGUGUUCUCUCUAUGAGCCGUGUGCCUUAAACACAAAAACACAGCAGCAUCACUUGACAUGUGCUAUAAAAUCUGUCUGUCCAGCACCUUUUAAAAAGAAGAAAGGAAAAAAAAAAAAAAAGGCCUUUUACUGACUGACUUUGGUGUGUCUUUGGUCUUGUAAACGCACGUUUGAAUAAAGAACAUUAAUAACUUUU